AAUCUUAAGUCGAUUUUAUUAAAUAUAAAGUAGAAUUAUAACCGCUUUUGCUUAUGUGAUGUUACUAAUAAAUUUUGUGGAGAGGUUUAAAAAGACUGAUUUUUAGUAUUAAAUUAAAAUUCCUUCCAAACGUGAUAGAAUCGAGACUGCUUAAUCACUUCCACAUCGCUUUGGACCGCUAAGCUUUUAUCACAGCUGAGCGAUAAUAUUAGGGUAAAUAAUGAUAAAUUAUAACAAAAGCUCCGUUAAAAAGCAACUCAACCGCUGUAGAUCGCUGUCCAAGGACGUCACGGUGCUGUCCUCGGAGCUCCCUAUUGAGCACGGGUCGUUCGUCAGCAAGAUUCGCGACAACAUCAGCUCGUGGGUGCUGUGGUGGCGUCAACGCCGUCUUCGGAUGGGCGCACCGCAGACCCCAAAGCAAAUCGAGGAGGAUGAUUGCGUGCCCCGAGUGGCCAUCGUAGAACAACUCCGGGAGCAAGAGCGGAAGCUGGAGAAGCAGCGCCGAGGAGUUUCCUCGGGGCCUCGCCGACGCGGGCUUGAAAACGAGCUGGAGGGCGAGCGCAGGAGGCCACGCCGCAAGCCCCGGAAGAGGUCGCUGCCAAAGCUGUGCAGCCAAGAGGAGGAGGCGGGGAGACCACCACAAGGCGGAGUGGUAACCUUUGAGCCAAUUCAACACGACCACGAUUUUUGCGAGCGAGUUGUAAUCAAUGUUAGCGGACUAAAAUACGAAACCCAACUACGGACAUUAAAUCAAUUCCCAGAAACUCUUUUAGGAGAUCCGUCAAGGCGGAUACGAUACUUUGACCCAUUACGGAACGAAUACUUCUUUGACCGGAACCGACCCUCCUUCGACGCAAUCCUCUACUAUUAUCAAAGCGGCGGACGACUGCGGCGUCCGGUCAAUGUUCCGCUGGACGUAUUCUCGGAGGAAAUUAAGUUUUACGAACUUGGCGAGCAAGCCACCAACAAAUUCCGUGAGGAUGAAGGUUUCAUAAAGGAAGAAGAGAAACCUCUCCCUUCAAACGAACGACAGCGCAAGAUUUGGCUUCUAUUUGAAUACCCUGAGAGUUCACAGGCUGCCCGAGUAGUUGCCAUUAUCUCCGUAUUUGUCAUUCUCCUCUCUAUCGUCAUCUUCUGCUUGGAAACACUUCCAGAAUUUAAGCACUACAAGGUCUUUAACACCACAACAAAUGGUACCAAGAUUGAGGAGGAUGAAGUGCCCGACAUCACUGAUCCCUUUUUCCUCAUUGAGACUCUCUGUAUAAUCUGGUUUACGUUCGAAUUGAUAGUGCGGUUCUUAGCAUGUCCGAACAAGUUUAAUUUCUUUAGAGACGUGAUGAACAUUAUAGAUAUAAUAGCUAUCAUUCCUUACUUCAUUACUCUGGCCACUGUGGUCGCCGAAGAGGAAGACACGCUGAACCUCCCCCGGGCGCCAGUAUCCCCGCAGGAUAAAUCAACUAACCAAGCUAUGAGUCUCGCCAUACUUCGAGUCAUUCGUCUCGUACGAGUCUUCAGAAUCUUCAAGUUAUCCCGUCACUCCAAAGGAUUGCAAAUCUUGGGACGAACAUUGAAAGCAUCGAUGCGAGAACUUGGACUUUUAAUAUUUUUCCUGUUUAUAGGUGUGGUGCUGUUUUCAUCUGCGGUGUACUUCGCUGAAGCCGGAAGUGAGAACAGCUUCUUCAAAUCCAUACCUGAUGCAUUUUGGUGGGCGGUCGUGACAAUGACGACCGUAGGAUACGGAGACAUGACGCCGGUUGGAGUGUGGGGGAAAAUUGUCGGUUCGCUGUGUGCGAUCGCCGGUGUGCUCACCAUCGCGCUGCCGGUGCCCGUCAUCGUCUCCAACUUCAACUACUUCUACCAUCGCGAGACUGAUCAGGAGGAGAUGCAGUCCCAGAACUUCAACCACGUCACCAGCUGUCCGUACCUGCCAGGGACCAUGGGGGAACCCUAUUUAAUUUCAGGGCCGAUACAGAAGAAGUCGUCAAUGAGCGACGAUUCGUCGUCAGAGAUGAUGGAGCUGGACGAAAACGCUCUAGUAGCGGACCCGCACUUGGAGCAAAACCUGCGGCGCCUGCAGGAGGAAGAGAAGCUACUGCUGGAGCAGCAGGCAGCACUCGAGGCCGGCAACAUGGAUGACUUCGCGGCGCUCGAGCACCAGGACGCUCUGCGUCUUAACCAGUUGCAACAGCAAGAGCUUCAGAAAAAGCAACAAGUGCAAGCGCAGCGAUUAGCGCUGCGCCAGGCGCAGAGCAACAACGCGCAACCACCAGGGCACGACGCGGCGCAGCGCCGGGAGCCCACCAUGCGCCGCCGCACCACCUGUACCGUCCGCGUCAACAACCUGCAUACUGCCGAAGCUAUAGAAACGGACGUCUGACCAUUGGAUAAGGCGAGCCAGCGCGACGAGGGCGGCGGCGCCGGCUGCGAGCACGCGCGUGCGCGCGCAGUGUGGCGCGGCCGACUGCCCGCGCGCUCCCCGCCGCCCUGCCACGUGUGAGCGCUGCUCGCACACGCCGACCCCUCGUGACCCAUACGUCUCCUGGACACAACACCCGACACCAGUGUUAAAUGUGAACUAUUAGGUGCUUUACUUUUAUCUCAAGCGAACCAUUAGGUAGUAAUAUAGCGCCGAAAUGUUUGAAAGUAAGCUUGUAGCUUGCUGAAAAAUGAAAUACAUAUUAAGCUGCCGUGACUGGCUAUGUGCUACAUUUUAGUCAGGGUUAGCGGGAAGCGCAUUUUGCUCGUCGGCCCUGAUUGUAAAUACGAAUAACUUCUAUGACACCUAGAAUGGUUCUUUUGAAUAUAUCAAUAGGCCUAUAGAAGUAUUCGUUCUGUACAUGAACCUAAAGUAUCGCUUUCUGCUUAUCCAUAUAGUUCAUUUGUAAAUAGUAUAAGAUGGUAGCGGCUCGCGCGCCAUCCUCCUGAAUAUGGACAACCGAAAGUGAUGCCAUGGAGAGAAUCAUUCUGUGGAACAGCUCUCCACUUAGAGGUCUAAAUUUGUACUUUAUAUGACUCAGUUUAAGGCAAGACACAUUGAUUUGUUUGAUAAAAUCAGUGCUAGCUUCCGAGACAAUUCAAUAGUUGACUGUGAUGGCCUAAUCCGAAUAUUGGCCCUGGUAACCACUGGAGAUAACUUCAACCUUAAAAGUGAUCUUGUGUAUCUCUGGACGUAGUUAGCUAUCGGCGUUUUUGUAUUAGGUAAUAUAACCGACAAAAUUAUAUGACCAGAUAUAAUGUACGGUCGAGAAAAUGAAUAGUACCUUAUCGUGUCUUGUCACAACAAUGACAAUAAAGACAAGCUUGGUUCAAAACACUGAAAGGGUAUUUAUUUACGUGUUCUAAUUUUCUUGACUGUGAGUUCCUGCCACCAUAAAAAAUAUAAAUAAACUCUUUGUCUUUUUUAUGAGAUGAUCAAUUUUCUCAUGCCCCAAUAUAUCUUUUAAAACGCCAAUGUACUUGCCGUAAUGACAGACUAUUGUAAAAGUUCUCCGCUACAAUAAAAAUGUUAGUAGGUACUUAUUUUAUAUUUGCGCAAUCAAAUAUUUUUACAACUAUCAGGAGUUAAUGUAGUCCGAGUCUUAUUAGUACGAAAAUAAUGAUAACAAACAACUAGUACAGAAAAUUAGUUUUAACAGCUACAAGCAGUGCUUGUGUCUUAUCCGGGUUAAAGUACUUUAUGUUAAUGCAAUGGGCGUUAUGGUCCCAAGUGAGGCAGGCAUUCCGGGUCAUAUUAAGACUGAUAGAUAACUCAAACACCAAAACAGGAUGGCCUGACCUUAAUGAAUAUGGGCUACCUACACACUAGUAAGUAUAUCUAAGUUUCAAAAAUGAGUAAUUUUUCUGUCUAUCUGUAUUAACUUGUGAUACUUACGAGUGUGACAUUAUUUACUUGCAAGUCAUGUUACGUUACCGUCUAGGGUUGGCAAUGGCCAUAUGCUGUGUACCUACCUAUUGCAAUUCUUAUCAGUUUAUGACGCUUACUUCUCUUGUGCACAAAAUCAAUAGAGUGUGAAAAGGCAACAUUUUUGAACUAAUAAUAUUCGGACUAAUGUCCAGUCAGAAAAGUUAUUGGCUGCGUAAUACGUCUGCAUACUUACAUAUACUAUACUUGUAUACAAGGGUGGGCACGUGCGCAGCUAAUAAAUUUGCUGACAGUACAAAAUCGAAUCAGUUGUAAUGUUUUGUUUAAGUAUAAUAAGUAUAGAAACCAUUUCGUCACGUCCGGACUGGUCAAACGAUUACUAUGCGAUAAAUUUUAGACGUCCAGUACUGAGAAUUUAAUUACACAUACACUCCGAAAUUUAUCGUACGAGUACAAUAAUACAGGUACAGGUGUAUUGUAAGCUCGAUUGAUCGUAUUUGCAACGAGGUUGUGAGUAAUAUCAACCUCGUUCAAGCAUGAGCAUAGAUUUAAGUUAAAGUUACCUUUGUUGUAUGUUGUGAUUCAAUGUAUGCUGUAUGCAACGCAUUUAAAAGAGAUCAGUCCAAAUCCCCAUGUGUCUCGUGCAACAGCCUCGACUUCUAAUCACCAACGCCGCGCGUGGCAAUAACAUAGAUGUUACUUGUAUAUCAUUUAAGUGUCCAUUUAAUAUCUACAUUGCGGGGUAACCUUUGUCGUCAUCAAGUUGUUCAUAUUAAGUAUACCUUAUAUAAAUGUUUGUCCAUUAAUGUUGGGAGGAAGGUUGUGAGGCGCUCAGGCGUCAAUCACUGAUUGGUACCUAAAUAGCGAGGCAGCGUUAUAAUAAAGCAACUUUUACAAUUUAUCGAUGUGCAUAAUAUACGAUCUACCUAGUUCCUUAUAACAGAUCCCUCACGAUUACUUCUUUCACUAAACCAUACCUAGCUUUUUUCCACAGGUAUAUGUAGGUAAUAAAAAAAACCUAAAUGAUAGGUGAUCCAAAAACAGUAAGUAUAAUGCUAUAAAAUAAAAGUUGCAUUAUUAUUGUUACUUAUGAUGUUAUAUUUAAAACAUAUCCAAAUAAACGUGAUUUAUUGUUAUAUUAUGUUGAAUAUAAGUUAAUUGAAAGACAGUCUGUUGCGAAAUUAAUAAUAUCGCGUUGUUGUUACUUGAGCAAACACGUAAAAUAUUGCGUAGAAAAUAGCAUGUCAAAUCCAAAUAUAUUGGAACCUAAGUCAUGUCAGAGCCUAAAUCUCCAUCGCUAUGCUCUACAACCACGUUUACAUAUGACAUUUUGUUAUGAACCUUCAUCUUAUUUAUAACUAAAUACCUACAGAUACAAUAAAACUCAUAAAAAAACAGCCGUCAUGCAAUAAGUUUUUACAACAGUCUGUCUUUUAAAAUACGGUUGUUAUGUAUUAAUUGAUUAGUAGUUAGAUUAACGUUCAACAUGUUUUUCAUAUCAUUAAUACACAUUUCAUAGCGAUAAACAUCUAGAUGAAAAGACAUUUACUUAUUAUACAAAAUAGGUACUUAGUGUUUAGUGUAGUUAUAGCAAUAUCGACUAUAGUAUAAGUACUGCCCCUUUACUGGGCACGAUUAUUUCAUGUAAAGAUGGUAAUUUGAGUGAUUCCAUGAAUAAAAUAGUUCCCAAACAUUCCUUGUGCAAAGGCAGUAUAAGCAUUGUUGCGAAUAGCAUGUACUACUACUUAAGAUUAAUAUAUCAAUCCAAAUUUUGAUGUUUCGUAAUAAAUGUGAAUUGUUAAGUAAUAUAGAAAAUGUUAAGUUAUCGAAAACCAAUGAUAAAAAUGCAAGCAACUCGAUCCCCGACUCCACUAGCCCGCUGAGCGCGCCGCGAUCGUCGUAUUCUGCCAACACCGCUCCAACCCACUUGCCCGGCCCCAUUCCACACUCGUUACAUUUUUAUAGUAUCUAGUCUCUAAUAAGGUCAAUUAGUAAUCUGGAAUUAUGGAAUCAUAAUUAAAUAAGGCUUUUUGAUGUGAAACUAGUAGGUUGUAUGAAAUCACCAAACACUGAAAGGGCACCAUAUUAUAUAUAUAGGAGCCCCUGCACAAUGCAGAAUAUUGCAGAACUGAUACACCGAUAUUUCAAGAUUUCUAAUGUUCUGGCGACUGUGUUAGACCCGACCACACAAGCAAGCACAAAUUCAAUUAAUCCGGUCACAAAAAGUUCAAGAAAUAUCAUGUUGUAUUAUAUAGAUGUAAUUAUUAAAGAGCCGAGACUUUUAAUUUCGUAGGUAUCAAUUAAAUAAUCUUUAUUGUAUUGUUUUGUGCUAUUUUUACAAUAAUAUUGUAAUCAUAUCGGCUAUGAAAUAAGAGUACGUGUCAAUUUUACAAUAUGUUGAAUUAUAUGAUAUGUUAAAAAUAUUCGUUUAUUAUAGUUUUCACCCUUUCAAUGCCAACCACGGUACAUGCUCGUGUGUUAUUGAAAGCAUUGUCGUGCUUGUGCGCUGAUCCAGGGUAUCUACAGUAAGUUAGAGUUGGUUAACCAAAAUAAAAAGUUGCUAACCGUACCUGAAAUCAGUAAAGUAAUUGCACCACGAAAAUAAAAUUGGUACGAAUUAACGUAGAAACCGAGGCUGUUGCAACGAAUUUAGUCGUUUCAAUUAAUGUAAAUGUUUAAUGUGUUAAGAGUAGAACAUAUACCUACACAUUAUACCAUAAUGUUUCUGUUGUAUACUGUACACGGGUCCAUAAAAUGUUUCAUACAUAUAAUUAAAUGCGAAAUGAACAUUGUGAGGUAUUCGUUGUUGAACGGGAGAGCGCAGCUCGUUCGCGGCUAGCGCCACCGGCAUCCAAUGAUGCUCAUUGUAUAAAUUUACAUAACUGUUCAAUAGUCAGUAUUUAAGUUUAUGUUAUAGUCUAUUUAUGUUUUGACGAUACUACUUAAGGCGUGAUUACAUGAACAAAAUAAGAGAACUGAAUUUGAGUUUUUGGUUAAUAACGAUAGCCAGCUAAAUGUUACAUGACAAAUACAACAAAAAAAAAAUUGAGUGUGAAUUACUCAUGUCGGCCAAAGUAGUAAAUAUGUCCAUAUAAAUGAAGACAAUUAUAAUUUCCAGUCAGUAUUAUUAGUUGGUACGUGCAUUACGCUGUCUUCGGAUCCGCAGGGGAUUCUUGUAACAACGCGUGGGCCCGGUGCUUCCUUAAAUUCUUACAUUCAAAGUGGAUGCUUCGUAUACACUCAUUUUCUCCUCUACACAAGCCUUGAUUUAUAAAGUAAAAAUGAAUAUCAUAGAUAGAUGAAAAGCCACAUAGAUUUCGGUGAGGAGAUCACGAUUUUCUAUUUACUUGAGUAAAAUCUAUCUUGUAGUUAGGAAUGGCGUUGGCAAUUUUUACCAAUGACUGACGUACAAUGUCCGUAAUUUAAAACAGACUGUAUUUAAUAUGGUCUUUAGGAAACAACUGUAAUCGGUAAUUAUCUGUAUAUUCAAUUUAUUUUUAAGAUUGUAGUUAGGGGAUAACAGCGAAGCAGUAGCAAGCAAUGUGCGAUGUAUCAGAAUUUGUUUCGAAUACGAUUACUCAUUUCAUAAAUGGAUUGUUCCGGGUAAAGGGUGGUAUAUGAAUUCUGAAGCCUCGAAUACCUUUGCGUUAUUUUGCCGUGUAAGGUAUAAUAAAAUGCCGGCUUUACUUAUCAAUAGAUGUUUCAAUGCGUUUUGCGCUUAAUAUUUGAGACAGCGAUUUUAAAGCGAUGAUUAAAAUGCGCAUGUAUUAUUGAUUAUUAUUAUGAAAUUGUCACAUUGUCGUGAUAACGUAAUAAAAAUUACGAAACAAAUACUCGGAUAAUGAAUAGGUACUUACAUGUCGGACAUCUGGAUGACUGAUAAUUACAGACGCUCGAAUGUCCGCUCAAGACAGUGGGACAAGUUCACAAUGAAAGCAGUUUUGUCUAAUAUACGAUUAAUUUCUCACUUUGCCCCCUCUCCGUCCAGGUUGAAGCGUGUUCAUAAAUUAUGAAUAUACUCGUAAUAUCACGUACUCGAUUAUUGAAUAUUGUUAUAAAUAAGUGUCGAUGAUACGAUAUCGUAAUUCUAAGUUAAUCUUGAUUUAUUUAUUUACAUAUAGGUUUUUACUUGAACGCUCCAAGUUAUGUUAGGAAGUAAUGUUUUCAUAAAAUAAACCUCUUUUGCAACAGAUCGUCCGGGCGUAUAGCAGUCCUCUUCAAUAUUCCAAUGCAGUUUCCUUAAUACCGUGAUUAUUUAUAUUUUAUAUGCUAAUCGUUGCUACUAUGAGCUUAAAUAUUAUUUUAAUAUUAAUAUCUAAACUAAUUGAGUCUUAAUUCGAUCAUCUAAGAUAUGAUAAGGUUUUUAAGGCGAAGCGGUUUUUCUAGGUACAUAAUUACAUUAUCCUCUUACAAGUACAUUAAAUAAGAAUUAAUAAUGUUAAGAGCUUUUUGACUAGUAUACUUACAAAGAGAUGAGGUCUUAUGAAAUACUCUGAAUUUUUCGCGAUACUUUAUUAUAUUAAUAUCCAUCCAGUAUUAUUAGAGAUAUAUAUAGGUGUAAUGGUCUUAAACGCCAUUUUCUAGCUCCUAUAGUGUGUGAAUGUAAUAUAGGUUUACCAAAUUGGCCAACAGAUCAAAACUAAAUUAAGUACAAAUGGUUUGGUAUAAUUUACUUUUAGUUCAUAGAAAUAGUUUACACAAAUCGUAAACAUUAUUUUCAUACCUUAAAAAAAUAUAUCUGUUGCUCCAUAUAAUUAUUGGCUAAUAAAUUUGAGAUGUUAGCUGUUAGGUAUGUAUCCUUAAUUUAAAGCAAUUCUUAAAACACAUUGAAUUCCAAUAAAUAAAUGUACAAUUGUUUUUUCAUCACACUUGCUCGAAAAAGAUCUUAUUUCAUGCAUGUGUACUGAAGGACAAAGGCCUAUAUUGUUCCCGUGGGAAUUAAGAAUUGUGAAAAAGAAGGCUAUUUAAACUCUCUUUUUUUUUAAUGUGUCACUAAUUCAUACCAGCCAAUAGGUAUAAGAUAAUGAGUUUUACUUAUAAUUUAUUUUUAUUGUUUAUGUAAAAAAAUAUUUAAUUUGAUUAAUUGAAUAGCCGUUUAAAACAUUUUUUUUACACUUUUUUUAAUCGUGGCUGAAUGCUGGAUUGGUCUGUGCCUUCGAUGUCUAACCUGUCAACGAAUGACAAUAUGGCGGACGAAUGUUUGAAAUGUCACUGUAUUUAAGAAUUAUUUUUAAUUUUUUUCUUCGCAAGUGUGAUGAGAAACAUUGUGUGUAGCUCCGGGGCUAAGAGUAUUGCAAACUCGAGUCUUUAACACAUUCCAGCCUGCGGUUGUCAUGCAGAUCUCGUUUACAAAAUUUUACUUACACCCCUAGGGGACGAAACCCCUAACGAAAAAAAUAUCAGAAAAAAAAAUAGUAAUAGGCGGAAAAUUAUAUAUAUACUCGCGGUAGUAAUCGUAUUUCCUUGCUGUCGUUCUAGCCACCAAAACAAUAAAUGUUUAAAUACAUAGCUUAAAGCCCCGUAGGUUCGUGUUCUUCUCUCACUCUCACUGAGCGUAAGCGUGAACGAGAUGGAUGUGCGUACUCGGGACCGCGGAUAUCAUAUUUUGUAAUUUUAAUUUGUUGUAAGGUUUAAAAAACAAAAAGUAAUCACUGAGAUCCCUCGAAAAUAAAGUUGAGCAUUUUUAGAAGCAGUUUUCGAAAGUGCCUUUUGGACCUAUGUUGUUAAUUAGGUUGUUUUUAUUGAGCAAAGUCAUACGAUUCGAAUCGCUGCAGUCCCUAGAAAAUUUUGGCAACUGUAGGAGGAGAUAGGCACCAUUCGGUCACAUUUAAGAUUUUGAUUUUUAUAAAAUUGGUCUGGAAAAUUGCUCAAUUCGUUAUUGUAACAUUCUGCAUACAUUCAGCUCCCUACUUAAAAAGUUACAAGUCUAUAACUUUCAUGAUAAAUCAAUGAAUUUAAUAUUAGUAGAGGCUCUCGAAUGUACGAAUCCUACCCCACUGAACAUUCUUACAUAGGUAUCAUUCGGAUUAAAAAAAAAAAACAUCUAAAUAAUUAACAAAUAUCGUUUUGAUUGGCCAUGAAAAUGGCAAGUCUAAGGAGAUAUCACGUGCAUUUUUUUUUAAAUUGGGCCAGGCUUAUUUGUAUGUAAUAAAUUAAGCGGUAUUUAACGUUUACAGUGUGUGUUAUAUGAAAAUCGCUUUUGGCUCCUAAUGCUUCGUAAAAUAUUACACUAGUGCUACUUUAGCUAUCCCAAAAAGGAUUUAGGACUAUUAGGUGUAGGGACGAUUAGGCGAAGUAUGGUUAGCACACACUUGCCUUCAAACCGACCAGUAUCUUACUCGUUCACAAUGAAGUGUGUACAGGCAAAGAGAAUGUAAGCUAUUUGUCUAUGGUACAGGUGUACGAACAAAAAAGAAGUGGUCAAGCGUACCUAAGUCGCUCAAAAGAAAAAAAAACAUCGUAAUAAAAUGUGCAAUAUACGGAGCUCAUGGGGCGAAUGUACGACACUAGAUCAGUUUCAAUUGAUUAAAAAAUAAGUUUUUUUUUAUUCAACGCCCUUUUGUGUAUGUAUGGUAAGUACUUAUAUAUUAUAGUAGCCAAAAUAUUUUACUCGUUAGGGAGGGGGGGGGGUCCAAAAACUAGACAAAAACCCCUUUAAGCAAUAGUUACAUAAAAUUAUCUUAAUACUAAAUUCAACACGAAACAUCUGAGAAUAUGGUCCUAAUAUUGACUUUAAAAGUGCAAAAACACAUUACAUUCUCUCAUGUCCCUUGCGAAGGCUAACUUCGAGGCCACCUGACUCUCGCCAUUGGCUACUUAUAGGUACACGCAAAGCUGUAAUAAAUACGCUGUUCGGAUAUGCUUCAAGAGUGACUGUAUGAAGCCAGCCGUGUCCGAAUGGUGCCAAUCUACCCCUACCUAUUGUUAUCUAAAAAACCGUACGUUUAUUUAAAAAGAUUCGCUUCCUGAACCAACGGUAACUUAACCAGAAAACAAUAAUAAAAACAACAAGAACCAUCACGUAUAGGUAAAAAGCCUUAAGUGAAGCUCCUCUUGUGUGUUGUGUUUUUGUACAAAAACGCAUAAAAAUCGAUAUAUUUUUGAAUCAAUUAUUUUAUCAAACAUAGUUAUAGCUCCUGCUUCUUCCUCUUCCUCGCGCAGUGCCGGCAUUUUUGCCACGGCUCAUGGGAGCCUGGGGUUCGCUUAACAAGUUUAACAAGCCCAGAAUUGGCGUUGGCACUAGAUUUUACAUAGGCCUAGUUUACCAGAUGGCCCGGUUUCCUCACGAUGUUUUCCUUCACCGAAAAACGACUGAUAAAUAUCAAAUGAUAUUUCGUACAUAAGUUCCUAAAAACUCAUUGGUACCGCAGUUUGAACCUGCGACCUCCGGAUUGCAAGUCGCACGCUCUUACCGCUAGGCCACCAGCGCUUUACAUAGCAUUUAAAUGAAUCUAACUUGUUGACUGAGAAAUGGACGAGUUUGUAAAUUGUAAGUUAUUUUACAAAUUUUAAAUUUUACCUGGAAGCGGUGGUGGCCGAGUGGAUAUGUCCGACUUUCAAUCCGGAGGUCGCGGGUUCAAAUUCUGGCUCGUACCAAUGAGUUUUUCGGAACUUAUGUACGAAAUAUCAUUUGAUAUUUACCACUAGCUUUUCGGUGAAGGAAAACAUCGUGAGGAAACCUGCAUACAUCUGCGAAGAAAUUCAAAGGUGUAUGUGAAGUCCCCAAUCCGCAUUGGGCUAGCGUGGGGACUAUAGCCCGAGCCCUCUCGCACAUGAGAGGAGGCCAGUGCCCAGCAGUGGGACGUAUAUAGGCUGAAUUAUUAUUAUUUAUUAUUAUAUUAAAUUUUACCUAAAUGCCAAUACGAACAUUGCACAACUAUAACUACAUGCAAGAAGAGUUUUCUAAAGCACGAUUAACGGUCUAGGUCAGAAACUGUCGCGACAGACGCAUUAGCAUAGAUCUAUAAAUCUAUGAGCAUACUUAGUUACACAACUGUAAUGUGCCGCUGUAUGGAGUUCUACCUGCCUUCUAGUACCUAACACAAAUUAAUCACUACGCGGCACUACUUAUGAUUAUAAGUACUAACUACGGAACCCUAAAAACGACGCAACGACGUCAACGCACAAUUUCAUUUUACAUACUAGAUGUUACUACUUUCGUUCAAACUAUCGCGAACUUAUCAGUCAUAUCCAAUACCGGGCCUGGAUAUGGAAAUUUCAAUUACUUGCUGCAAAGCAGCAUCAUGCGUCAGCAAACGUAUGACUAUCAAGCGACCGCGUCCAGACUCAUUUACACAGUCUAUAAGUCACAUUUUAGGGUACCUACGAGCGCUUGUAUUUAGUUCAAUAUCGAUUACUUCCCGGUCCCGUGAGAGAUAAAUUCCUAAUUGAAACGUUUUUUGAUGAUGGUUUUAUUGAUAGUGGAGCAACUGUUAUUUUUUCUAUCAACGAGCUUGAGGUUUCGGAAUUCAUUAAGUCAAUACGCCCUGUUAAUGUUGAUACGUAGGUUGAUACCUGUACAUUUAGUGAGAUUAUAUUCGUAGUAUACUUAAUUUAUCUCAUCAGUUAUCAUAUUUCUGUUUUUAUUGUUUAAGAGAGAGCGUGGAAACUUGUCAAAAAAUUCGAUGUAGUAUUGUAUACCUAAGUGACCAAUUAAAUUAAACAGAUUAAUGAAUUUCACUCGUAAAUCUAUAUGUUUGUUGUAAAAAUAAAUUAUUUUUUUGUAUCGCUUUAUUUCACUCAAAUUAUUAAUUACUUAUUAUGUACACCUACCAUAACCCUAUGGCCGCCAAAGACGACAAACUAACACGUGCGACUAAAGACCAGACGCUUUCCACUUAGAUUUUCAUACAUUCUAUUGCGCGCGCAUACUUAAUUGCUGUCAAGCUCGCACAGUGACAUUGACAACCGGCAUCAUGGGCGGGACAACAAUAUAAUUAUGCGCGUGCAAUUGCAAUAGAGACGGCAACAGGCGGGUCAAUGUACGAAAAUCUAUGGAAAGCGUCUCUGCUUCACCUAAUAGCCCAAUAUCAACCUUCGUGCGUUCCGACACAGACGAUAGGUGUAGCGUUCAAAGGGUUAAGGUAUUUAUUAAUUACUUAUUAUGCAUACCUGCAUAAUAAGUUCAUGUCCUUUAUGAUCUGUGGUUUCUAGGAACUCGUACCUAAAGUUUAAAAUGUUUGGACAGUGUAGUGAAACGUGUACAAUACUAUGUCGAUGUUGCGAGAGUGGUGCGACUUAAUAAGACACUGUAAAUUAUCAAAGCCACUUUGCCAUUUUGUGUAAAUACCGUACAGACACUAGACAGUCGGUGUUCAUUUUUAAUACGUGGCGAUUGCUUAGGGCAUUGCGUUAAGGACGUAAUUGACAAAAAUACGGCUCAGGCUAAUUUGAUUAACUACUCAAAAAUAUUAUAAUACUGUUCGCGCUUGAUUGUGACGCCAAACUCAUUAGAAAUUUAACAAACUUUCUGAUAAUAUUAGCUAAAGUUUGUUUGGACGUUAAGCAUUUCUGAAUCAUAAAUAUAGGUGUCACUGUGUUCGAUCGAGUAAGGCGCCGAAGAAAUACCGGAAAUCUUAGCCCACGAUGUUUAAGUUCCGACCGUUCUCUUCUCUUAAUUUAUUAUUUAUGUGAAAGUAUUUUUUGAUUACUUUAAUCGUUGACUUAAUUAUUUCAGCAGUUAUACAACCCGUUGAUAUUUGUUGAUAGAAGGUAAGUUUCUAACAUUCAUUCCAUAUAAAAAAAACAGCUUGAGCUUUUACUAAGUAUGUAGUUAUAAACUUGACGUCCAAACAACUUACGCAAUAUGCUUACCUACUACGAUACUAAAACUGAUUUAAAUGAAGAGCUAAUUUUAUAACUUAAUUAGUUGUGACCGUGCUCUAUUCAGACAUGUUUUAUUUUUUCCUAUUAAGCUGUAAAUCGAAAAUUGUAUAAAUAAUAAAAAUAAAAUGACA